AGUCUUGCCAUCCACGUAUCGCACAUCGUGCGACUCAUCCGAGACCAAUGUCAACAUCCUGACCCUCUGCUCUCGGUCCAACUGGCCUUCUUCCCACAUCGCACCGUCAUCAUGCCGACAACAUUUGUGUACGACAAUCGCUCCCCUUCGCUCUCAAGCAUCAUAAUCUGUAGGCGACAACACUCCUGGCGACAUCGGCGCAUUGAGCGGUUCAACAGAAGCCACGAUGUCGGAAGUCCAGCGGGCACGAUGCACCGGCUGACCGCAGCAACAAGAAUGCCGAGACAAUCCUGUAGCCUGUAUCGGUCAUGCUGAGCAAAGCUGCUUGCUUCGACUACUGGGUCAGCCAAGCUAUUGCGCUUCAAAUACCGCGUGAGGCGAGCAGCGCACUCUCGUUCUUGUACUCAUCACACCGAGCCCACCGUCUUGCACUGCAACGUCCAACAUGAUGCUCACGACCAUGUUCACUCACACCCUCUUCGCCGUCAUCAUGCUGAUGACUACCUGCCUCUUGGUCGCCAGGCCCAUGGUGGCGGCUUGCUGCAAGGACAAGGUCGCUGGCUUUUGUCAGAACAGCGUUGGCAAAGACUGCCCUGGAAGCGCCUUGGAAGACACGGCCUGCUGCUCGCUAGCUAUCAAGCAGCCUGCCAAGAUGUAGCGUGGUGGGCGAGCCCAAGCAGCACUGCCGGCAGCGAGGAACAGAAGGGGAAGGCACGGCGAGGCUUGUGACGAAAUAGACAUAGAGUAGCCAUGGCGAAACACACGAAAACAUGGCGAGGUUGUGCUACGCGAAACAAUAUACGAUUCGGGCACCAAUGCCAAUCAGGCAUGAUGGCAAUCUCGUGCGCAUGCCUGUCAAU